AUGGUUUCCAUCACAACUGAAAAUGUUACACAAUUUUACACCAUGGCCACUCGGGAGUUCACAGUCAAUCCAUCAGAUUUCCACAAUAAAUCAGGAGCGCAUCAGCUGUAUCAAUAUAAAUGCAUUAAUCCAGAUAUAUGGAAAUGGCUACAAGAUUUUCAGCCUGGAUUCCUCUGGUUUAUAUUUAUUCUGGGAGCAAUAGAAAAUGGCUUUGUUCUCAUCGUCCUGUGUUGCCACAAGAGUCGCUGCACAGUGGCUGAAAUUUACCUAGCAAACACUGCACUCGCUGACCUACUGUUGAUCUUCGCUUUACCUUUCUGGGCCAUUAAUAUUUCUAAUAAUUUUCAAUGGCCUUUUGGCCUGUUCCUUUGUAAAGCUGUCAACAUAAUGAGUAACAUGAACUUUUAUUCUAGCAUUUAUUUCCUGACGCUAGUGAGCAUCGACCGCUAUCUGGCUUUGGUGAAGACCAUGUCUCUUGGACGGAUGCGACGAACUGUCUGUGCCAAAUGGAACAGCUGUAUAGUCUGGAUGUGUGCAUUGCUCAUGUGCACACCUGCAAUGGUGUUCCGAAAUUUACAGUAUUAUGAAGACUACAAUAUCACAGCCUGCGGUCUGGAUUACCCAUCCAGCUACUGGGAGCCUGCAAACAACUGCUUGCUGAAUAUCGUGGGCUUUGUCAUCCCACUCUCUGUAAUUACCUAUUGCACUGUGCAAAUCAUCAAAGCCUUACGAAGCAGUGAGCUGCAAAAAAUGAAGUUGGUCCAGACAGAGAAAAAAGCCACCAUGCUGGUCCUUGCUGUGCUUUUGCUCUUCAUCCUUUGCUGGCUUCCGUUCCAGAUCAGCACGUUCGUUGACACCAUCCGUUACUUUACACCCUCUCACAAAUGCCUGGAAGAAGUCAAUGACAUACUGACCCAGAUAGGUACCUACUGUGCCUUUAGCAACAGCUGCCUGAACCCCGUCCUCUAUGUAAUUGUUGGGAAGCACUUCCAGAAGAAGGCUGUGGAAUUCUACAAGGACUUGUUCCCAAAGAGGUGCAGAAAAGCACAGUCUGUGCAGACAGAAAACUCCCUGGACACAUUAAGAACUUCCAUUUCAAGUGAAUACUCAAGGAAAAAGUCUGUUUUGCCCUUACCACGAUAG